CCAUGAAUACAAUUCAAAAGUUUGAGCGAGAGAGAGAGAGAGAGAGAGAGAGAGAGAUUAUGAGAAACGAGUGAAGAACGUGAGAGUUAAUUUCCACACAGAGCAGUUAAGGAUGACCUUUCGUUACCCUUUGAGCUUUCUUUCUUUUUCUUGAUUUCAUUACUGAUCUGAUCUGGGUUUGGGUUUGGGUUUAUAUCUCAUCAUCACAGACUCACUCUCGUACCCAAACACAUACACAUCUUGAUUUUCCCAGUUGGGUUUGUAAAUUUUCCUCCUCUUUCUUCCUAAUUUUCCGUUUUGGUUUCUUUCGGGCUACGCAACCUCCUCUUUUCACUGAUUUUCUUUUCUUUACUAUCUUUUUCUUCUUCGAGGAAAAUAACAAUAAUAAUCACUUGCAUGAUUCUGAAGAAACUUUUUUUUUUUUUUUGGGUAUUGAGCUGGUUGGUAAGUUAUAACUGCUCUUGUUUUCUUCUACAAUGGAAGCUGAUCAUGAUCAAGAAAAUCAGUUUCCGGUGAUCGGAUUAUCGAACAAACAAGUUUGUUCCGGUGAAGAAAAGCCAUGGAUAAAGCUCAAAAUUCAGAAGAUCGAAGAACAAGAAGAUCAGAUUAGGCCGCGAAAGAACGAUGAGCCUCGGGUUUGUAAGGUGUGCAAGAAAGGGUUUAGCUCUGGAAAAGCUUUGGGGGGUCACAUGAGAAUUCAUGUUCAGAACAACAAAGAGCUCAAAACCAAUCAGAAUCAGUACAAUAUUGGAGACAGUGACAAAGACAAUAGUGGUUGUUACUCCAAACCCGUUUGUUCGAUUUGUAGCAAGAAUUUUCCGUCGAUGAAGUCCUUGUUCGGGCACAUGAGGUGUCAUCCGGAGAGGGAAUGGAGGGGAAUACAGCCUCCUUCUCGGCCUCCGGCCGCCAAGGACAGCUCAUCUUAUUCCUCCUAUGUAUCGGAUUGCGAGCAGUUAAAAGCUGAUAAUCAGUCAUAUAUUGAUAGUGAUAUGGGGAUUCAGGAGAUCGAUUUGACGAAGUCUUUAGUGGGUUGGUCUGCAACUGCCAAGCGCGGCCGCAGAGCCCUAAUUGCCGCCACUGGCACGAUGGCAGAGGAGAAGCGGUUACAAGAUGCCGUGGAUGAUCUCAUGAGGCUAGCUCAUAGUGGUGAUUCAUUGGAUUUGGAGUCGGGUUCUGGGCUUACCCAUAAAUAUAGAGUAGUAGUUGAGGCUACAAACAGCAAUUCACUGACCAACAAGGUUGAAACGGAGGGCAAAAAUCGGGUAUUUGAAUCGAAGAAGCGAAAAAGAAUAAUCGAUGAGUCAGAGCCGCCAGUUGAUUUUACGAUGGAUCAUCAUCCUGGGUCGACUGACAUGAGUCACCAUGUAUCAGUAUCGAGAGGAUCGAACAGUGUGCUAGUGAAGAAUUUGGAAAAAGGCAAAGGUAAGGCAGUGUUGGAAACUGAGCCUAACUUCACCGAUUCCGAUGAAAGCAUACCCAGUGAACAACUGAUCAUUAAUUACAAAUAUAAGAAUAAUAACAAAUCAGCGAUGAUCAAGAAGAAGAAGAGGAUGAUGGUGAAAUUGAGCGACUUGGGAUUGGCACAAAUUGAUCAAAUUCAUCGGCCAAUUGAUAGGUACUACAAAUGCAGCACUUGCAACAAGUGUUUCCCAACUCACCAAGCAUUGGGUGGGCAUAGAUCAAGCCACAACAAAGCCAAGACCAGUCAGACCACCAUUGACGAGUCUUCAUAUGCCGCUGCUGAGGACAUUCCCCGAGCCGAUGAAACUAAGGAGAACGAAGGAGCUGGAAGCUCGAAGCCAGCUGAUAGCGCGCUUCACCGGUGCAAGAUUUGUAACAAGGAUUUCGCCACGGGUCAGGCGCUUGGGGGUCACAAGAGGUGCCACUGGACUGGUCCGGUUGAAGCUCCGUCCAGCCAAGCCACAUCGUCACCUGGCGAGGCGAGCCAGACAGGCCAAAAGAUUCUAGGGUUUGAUCUGAAUGAGCUACCUGCCAUGGAAGAUAAAGAUGGUGUUGAGGACUCUGAAGAACAUGGAAGUGGAUAUGGUUUUGCUUCUUCCUCGUACAACUCAGUAUCUUAGGUUAGGUCAAGUUUUCAGUUAGAAUUGCCAGUUAUUUGCAUCUUCUAGGAAUUAAAAUUUGGAAUGGGAUUGUCUCCCAUCUGCAAUGUGAAUCAGAUAGUUCUGUUAGAGUCCGUGAAGCUUAUCAUAGACUCUAUUUUGAUGAUUUAAUUCAAUAUAUAAUGCCAUAUAUUUAUAAUUAAAAUGCAUAAAAAUGCACCGACACUUUGUGGCUUAUGUUUUUGUUAAGAACGACUCAUAUUACAUUCAAGAUGAAUUUAACCC